CCACAUUCCACACAUUCCUUGCCUGCCACACCCACAUACCCUUUCCAGCUGCCGCCUUGCCUGCCCUUGUCGGCUACGUAGAACAUGAAACAGGGAUCAAGUACCGAGUACACACCUGCUGCGACGUUAGGACGUUAGCGCGAAAGAGGUACUCAGGUACCAAUUUGUUUCAAGCCUCCAAGUUCAAUUAGCCUAGACUAAAAGGAAUAAGGGAAACAGUUACACUUGCUCCUUUCUGGGGGAAGGCUGUGAAGGUUUGAGCUAUCCACACUUCCAGUGCACAAUCUGUCUUUAUUUUUUUAGACUUUUUUCCCCCUUGAAUCAAUUACAUGGAUUGCUUUUAACUUACCUAAGAGCGAUAUUCAUCAGUGCUUCUGCUUGGUCCAACAGGCAAUCUUUCUUUUCAAUUCGGUUCUUUUUUCUCUUCUUCCUAUUCCUACAUAGGUACCUAGGUAGUUAAGCUCCCCGCCUCUCUUGAGCUCAGGCUCAGAUUAGGACAGCUUUGGUGCAAAGUGUCCUUACGAAAGUCACGAACUACCUAUUUUGUUCACUUCGUGUAUUCUCCCACCCCUACCCAAAAAAGGCUAAUUUUUCAAUAAUCACCUUAAUAUACCUAUUGCAUUUACCAGGGAAAGCUUCUUGUCUUAUUAAUUCUAUUUCAAAUUUCAAAUCGAAGCAUGCGUUUGUUACGAUCGUCAACCUUUGCCUUUGGGCUUGCUACAACCGCGAAAUUCGCUGAUGCUCAGGCGCAAUUCCUUGUCAACGAGCUAAGCUUCGGUUACACUGGCAGAAUAAAUGACCGAGGACAAGCAACUGUGCCAGGCUUCUCCAUACAGGGCACACCAGACGUACCUGAAGUCCUUUCCAACAAGUUGAUCCUUACGCCACCAGCACCCGGUAAUACUCGAGGCGCGAUAUGGGCAGACCAACCGAACAGGUAUUCGACGUGGGUGGCCGAUGUCGAUUUUAGAGUGAAUGGACAAGAGAGGGGCAGUGGAAAUCUCAACAUCUGGCUUGCAAGACGAGGUAACCAAGAAAUUGGCUCGUCUAGUGUCUACACAGUCAACAGGUUUGACGGCUUGGCCCUUGUGAUUGACCAGCACAGCGGAUCGGGUGGCAUGAUUAGGGGGUUCUUGAACGACGGCACCAUCGAUUUCAAGUCGCAUCAGAGCGUUGACAGCUUAGCCUUUGGACAUUGCAACUACCCCUACCGUAACUUAGGUCGGCCUUCUCAGAUCAAGCUAAGGCAAACGCCCCAGGUAUUCAAGGUGGAGGUUGAUGGUAGGCUAUGUUUCGAAAGCGAUAAGAUCAGCAUCCCACCAGGAUACUACUUCGGUAUCACAGCCGCGGCGGGAGACAACCCCGAUUCAUUCGAAAUCUUUAAGAUGGUGACCAUGACCGAGAAUCUUGACGCUAAAUACGACGCACCUCCACAGCAGCAGCAGCAGCAGCAACAACAACAGCAGCAGCAACAGCAACAGCAGCAACAGCAAUCAAACCAGAACCAGGCGCAAGCACAAAUGAGCUAUGGUCGCAACCCAAAUGCCCGGAAUAACAACCCCAAUGAAGCAGAUGCUUUUGGCGACUCUAUUCCCGAUACUGUUGCCAACACCUACACAAGCUCCGAGGCUCAGUUCGCAGACCUUCACAACCGUAUACAGAGCUCUAACCAGCACCUCUCAACUAUCUUCCGUCAGGUCGCAAGUCUGGGAAGUAUCGGCGAAAAACGACACGAAGAAGUCUCGAAGGCUAUCUACGAUGUGAAGCAGAUCUUGUCGAAGCUAGAUAGACUCGACUCGCUUCAGAAUGAAAUUACCAAGCUACAGCGGGAACUCAAAGACAUGCGAAGCGACAUCAAUUUGAAGGUGAAGGACUCGGAACACGCGGUGAAGAGUUUCAUAGGCACAAAUCACGGUACCAUGUUAGAACACGUCGCGGUGCAGGCCGCCCCGAAGCACGGGAAGCUCAUCUUCGUCAUCAUCGGGAGCCAGAUCCUAAUAGUGGUUGCUUACAUCUACUACGAGCGGAAGAAGACCAUGCCCAAGAAAUACUUAUGAUGGAUCUAAACAGUUAUUUGAGGCGGGGCUGGUGAGGCGAGGCAAGGCGCUGGGUAGAACUUUGUAUAAAAUAUCUGGACGUGGGAUAGGGGUUUGCAUGACUGUGUUUUUGUCUAGCGCAUAAAUGAGAAUUUCAAUGAGGCGGCGUUAUCCUAAACUAAACAUUUGAAGUGUGACGACAACUCGAUAUUACCCCCCAUAUGUCUCUCUUGUACUAUUUGUACUAUAUACCGAAAAGAAAAGGGGCUUUAUUAUUGCGCGAGAUCUCAUCGUUUUUCCUCCGAUU